CGCAAAUUGAAGUUCGGCGGUGUUUCUAGAAUCACUCAACAUUCCGUAGAGGGGGUGCUCGAACGACCCCUUGAAUGGUGAUAUGCAUCUGGCACUAAAUUUUGGCGUCGCAGACAACGGGCAUUUCUUGAUUUGCCAUGCUGCGCUCGACCCUUCUCCUCGCCCUUGCCCUCUCGUCCGUCUCGGCGGCGACCGUCGAGGUCUGCAACGCGGAGCAGACCAAGUCGUGGACGACCUUUCUCCAGACGCCCGUGGACGCGUCGUGCACGAACGGCAACGCCGCGAUCACGCUUCCGACGCAGUUUUUUAGCGGCAACACGACCGAUUGCCCGAACCAGACGUGCUUCACCUUCUUGGAAAACAAGCUCGCGGCGCUCCCGAUGUGCUCUGUGAACGGCUCGUCGACUGACCUCCAUGCGGCCUUUUCCAAAGCCAAGGCCGCGUGCUCGAACGGCGGCAAGACCACCAACUCGACGACUGCGCCCACCAACUCGACCACCGCACCGACCAAUGUGACGACGGUGCCUGUUGUGACGACGGACGCGACGAUCACGACCGUGUCGCCCACGACCAAGAAGCCCACGACGACGACGCCUGCGCCCUCGGGUGUGUCGGCGACCACGCUCUCGGUCGUCGCCGCCACUGCGACGCUCGCGGCCACGAUGUGGUAAGCAAUGGCGUAUCGCGGUGUCCGCUUAUCUUUAUAUAAACCCUGUGUAAUACGACUCUUCUUGACGACCA